GGCCACUCAGCUCUUCUCUGCAGCAGUGCCUUACCUGUUCCUCAGUCCAGCGCUGUACAGUCUUCCCGCACCAGCAUCUGUCCGCAGUCUCUUGGUUAUCCCUGUACUGUCUGCAGUCUCUGGUCAUCCCCUGUAUUGUCUGCAGUCUCUGGUCAUCCCCUAUAUUGUCCGCAGUCUCUGGUCAUCCCUGUACUGUCCGCAGUCUCUGGUCAUCCCCUGUACUGUCUGCAGUCUCUGGUCAUCCCCUGUACUGUCUGCAGUCUCUGGUAUCCCCUGUACUGUCUGCAGUCUCUGGUCAUCCCCUGUACUGUCUGCAGUCUCUGGUCAUCCCCUGUACUGUCUGCAGUCUCUGGUCCCUGUACUGUCCCUGUACUGUCUGCAGUCUCUGGUCAUCCCCUGUACUGUCUGCAGUCAUCCCCUGGUCAUGGUCCCCUGUACUGUCUGCAGUCUCUGGUCAUCCCCUGUACUGUCUGCAGUCUCUGGUCAUCCCCCUGUACUGUCUGCACUGUCUGCAGUCUGGUCAUCCCCUGUAGUCUUGUCUGCAGUCUCUGGUCAUCCCCUGUAUUGUCUGCAGUCUCUGGUCAUCCCCUG